AUGACUUCUUGGGACGACAAGGAGAAGACAGCCCGUACGGUGGCUCAGUCCGCUUCAGGGUCGGACGAAUAUGUCAUUCGAGAGGGAAGCACAGAAUACACGGCCGCUGAAGGCUUGAACUCUUCGACAGUGACAUAUCAAGAUGCGAGCGGUGCACCUGUGGAGACAGCCUCGCCUCUGGGAUACUCGGUUGAUGUCCUAGUGGGAUUCUGUUUGAAUAUCAAUCAAAUGGUCGGAACUGGUAUUUUCUCAACGCCGGCUACAAUCCUCAAGGGAGUUGGAUCAGUAGGGCUCACUAUGGUCUACUGGUUUAUUGGAUACUUGAUUGCCCAGUGUAGUCAGACUUUAUACCUCGAGUACACGGCCUACUUUCCCAGCAGAUCAGGAUCCGAGGUUGUCUACUUGGAGCAAGCAUACCUAAAGCCGAAGUACCUGUUUCCGACGGUCUUCGCAAUGAAGCAUGUUAUAUUCUCUUUUGCUAGCAGCAACGCGAUCGUUUUCGCACAGUAUGUCUUCGCUAUCGGGGGAAUAUCAUAUACGCCUUGGCAGUUGAAGGGAGUUGCCGUUGCGGCCUACACGCUUGCAUUCAUUGUGGUUGGCUCCAAUACCAAAUGGUCGUUGAGGUUUGUUGUUUGGUUUGGUAUCGUCAAAAUUUUGACCUUAGUGAUGAUUUCAAUCGCCGGACUGGUCGUUCUGGGUGGUCAUACAAGAGUGGCAGACCCUAUGGCAAAUUGGCGAGAUCCAUGGAGAGGCACAGAAGGCGCUAGUGCCUACGGUGCCACAAACGCCGUGAUCAAGCUGAUCUUCUCCUACGCCGGCUACCAAAAUGCCUUUAGUGUUGCAAAUGAGAUAAAGAACCCCGUGAAAAAGCUUCGCUGGAGUGCUCCCCUGUCCCUUAUCAUCGUUGCCAUCCUAUAUAUCCUGGUCAACGUCGCUUAUUUCUCUGCGGCAUCGAGGGAAGAGAUCCUGGCUUCCAAGCAGAUCGCAGCGAGUAUUUUCUUCCAGAGAGUAUUUGGUACAACCAAGGCUGCUCGUGCUCUGAGUGUCCUUAUUGUCAUCAGUGCCUUCGGAAACUUGAUCGCAGUGAUGGUAGCUAACUCUCGUAUGCUCCGAGAAACAGGAAGACAAGGCCUUCUUCCAUGGCCCAAGUUCUGGACAUCGACGAAGCCCUUCGGGACCCCGCUUGGUCCUUACACUCUACAAUGGGCACUUACAGUUAUCAUGAUCAUCGGCCCACCAGCUGGAGAUGCCUUUAAUUUCGUCGUCGACCUCGCCGUCUACCCAUCUAACAUCUUCAACUUCCUAAUCGCCAUCGGCUUGUUGCUCCUCCGACACCGUCGUAAGGCCCUGGGCCUACCACCCCCAGAAUUCAAAGCAUGGGGCGUCGCCAUCGGAUUUGCUCUUUUGGCGAAUACCUAUAUGCUUAUUGCGCCAUGGUAUCCUCCUACCGGAGGCGCAAAUGGCGGCGAUGUCAGUUUCUGGUAUGGAACGUACUUGGCGGUUAGCAUUGGGUUGUUGUCCCUCUGUGUUAUCUACUAUUACUUCUGGAUUAAUUUGAUUCCUCGCUGGAGGGGGUACGAGCAUAGACAAACUAUUGUCAAGUACGAUGAUGGAGCUGUUACGCAUAAGAUUGUCAGGGUGCCGAAGGCUGAUUUGGUCGCUUGGGAUGAGCAACAUGAUGCUGCUGGUCACCUCCGGAAUCGGGUAGCGCACUAA